GACGUCAGUAUUCGCGGCGACGCCUGAACGCCACGGCCGGCGGAGGAGGAGGGAGGGGUGUCCUGCUCCAGCGCUCCAGCCGGUGUAGCAUAAACAUUUCUUGUACAACAUGAGCAACAGUCAUCCACUCCGACCUUACACAGCAGUAGGUGAAAUAGACCACGUUCACAUUCUGUCCGAUCAUGUUGGUGUUCUGAUGAAUGGGGAGGAAUACAGUGAUGUUACCUUUAUUGUGGAAAAGAAACGUUUUCCUGCACACCGAGUGAUUUUGGCUGCGAGGUGUCAGUAUUUCAGAGCGUUGUUAUAUGGUGGAAUGCGUGAAUCUCAGCCUGAAGCAGAAAUCCCUCUCCAUGAUACCACCGCAGAAGCCUUUACAAUGUUAUUGAAAUAUAUUUAUACAGGUCGUGCCACAUUAAGAGAUGAGAAAGAAGAAGUCUUAUUAGAUUUUUUGAGUUUAGCACAUAAAUAUGGGUUUCCAGAACUGGAGGAUUCUACCUCUGAAUACCUUUGCACCAUUCUUAACAUUCAAAAUGUUUGCAUGACCUAUGACGUUGCUAAUCUCUACUCACUACCUAAAUUGACAUGUAUGUGCUUCAUAUUUAUGGACCGAAAUGCUCAAGAGGUACUCUCCAGUGAAGGCUUUCUGUCUCUUUCUAAGCCAGCACUUCUCAGUAUUGUACUGAGAGAUUCAUUUGCAGCUCCUGAAAAGGACAUUUUUCAAGCAUUGAUGAACUGGUGUAAACACAAUCCUAAGGAAAGUCAUGCUGAAAUCAUGAAGGCAGUGCGCUUGCCAUUGAUGAGUUUGACAGAGCUUUUAAAUGUUGUAAGACCUUCGGGAUUGCUAUCUCCUGAUGCUAUUUUGGAUGCCAUUAAAGUUCGAUCUGAAAGUCGGGACAUGGACCUCAACUAUAGGGGCAUGUUAAUUCCAGGUGAGAACAUUGCUACUAUGAAAUAUGGAGCCCAAGUGGUUAAAGGGGAAUUGAAAUCAGCUUUAUUAGAUGGAGACACACAGAACUAUGAUCUAGACCAUGGAUUUUCCCGGCAUCCUAUCGAUGAUGACUGCCGUUCUGGUAUUGAAAUUAAAUUGGGUCAGCCAUCAAUAAUCAAUCACAUACGAAUACUAUUAUGGGAUCGAGAUAGCAGGUCGUACUCCUAUUAUAUUGAGGUAUCCAUGGAUGAACUAGACUGGAUUCGUGUAAUCGAUCAUUCAAAAUAUCUAUGUCGAUCUUGGCAGAAACUCUAUUUUCCUGCCCGUGUCUGCAGGUAUAUCAGAAUAGUUGGAACACACAACACAGUAAACAAAGUUUUCCAUAUUGUGGCUUUUGAAUGCAUGUUCACCAAUAAAACCUUCACUCUUGACAAAGGACUAAUAGUUCCCACUGAGAAUGUUGCAACAGUUGCAGAUUGUGCCAGCGUGAUUGAGGGCGUGAGCCGUAGCCGCAAUGCUUUGUUGAAUGGAGACACAAAGAAUUAUGACUGGGAUUCCGGGUAUACAUGCCAUCAGCUAGGCAGUGGUGCUAUUGUUGUACAGCUGGCGCAGCCAUACAUGAUUGGAUCAAUUCAAUCCUGGCAACUUGUAAGUUUUGAUAGACAACCAGCAUCUUUUAUCAGAAUUGUUGGCACUCACAACACAGCUAAUGAGGUAUUCCAUUGUGUACAUUUUGAAUGCCCAUCCCAAAACACUCUACAGAAGGAAGAGACUAAUGAAGAAGACGCUGGCCCAGGUGGACAGCACCUGGCAACCGGCUCACCUCAAGCUUCAAGCACCAGUUCUGUGCAUUCUCUCCCAGGAUCUGUUUCAUAUCCAUAAUUGCAGCAGAUUUUUAUGAGAAUGGAGAAGAACAUUUGAAAUCUCAGUGCCACAAAAACAGUUUUCACUUUUAACCUUCAAGCACCUCUUCACUUUCUGAAUGAACUUUUCAAGGGGAUCAUAGCAUCAAGCAGCUAAAGGUGCUUCGAUUUAUAAGGCUGCCUGGCAACAAAACUGGGCCACCACAUUGCACUUUCCAUUGAUUAAAAUCAGAAGUAUGGGGGAAGAAAAUAAUCUUUCUCAUCAAGUUUCCUAUUUGUACCCUACCUCUUUAAACCAAACCAAAUCAGAUAGAGCAGAAAGAAGCAAAACCACAUCAUUUUGUUAUAUAAAUAGGUUGUGUGUACCAUAUCAAAAAUAUUAUUACAUGUGCUUGUAAAAGUAUUAAAAAUGAAUCUUUUUUGAGAUGUUUAUUAAAAAAAACUAUGGAAACCACUUUUUAUUUAUUCUUAAUCCAUAUCCUUUGUAAAUUGUAAACCAUUUUCACACUGUGUAUAUAUUUAUGCAGCUACGUUUCUUUCCUUGUUUUUUUUCCAUCGUAUUCUGAUGAAACAUUUCCUUCUUUAUCAUGGUAUAUCUGGUAACUUCACUUGACAGAUUGAUCUAUUUGAUAGUUGGGCAUCUAAUAAUCUUACUCCAUUACUCUGACAGAGAAAAAACCCUUAAAGAGAUUGUGCAUAAAACAAUUCAGUCCAGGAAUACAAUAUUGGAAUUUUUAACUAUUUGACAUGAUGUAUAAAAUUGUCACUUUUUAUCCCUGAUUACUUUGUACCCAAGAAGAGAAAUAUAUUGAUCCUGUUAAAAAAUAUUAAAGUGCUUUAAUUCCUGCAGCAGGGAUCGAUAGAUAUUUCCAAAUUUCUUUUUUUGAAAAAUGUUUUCUUUUUUUACAAAUAUUGCAGCUAAGCUUCAUGUGUGGGAAUACUUUGAUAGCAAUUUAUAUUUGGGCUACCGGGUCUGGGCUGCAAAAAGCUGUCAUCGUUAGAUGGCAAUAAUGAGUUGUUACCUGUAUUUGUUUUCUGCCAUCUAAUGGUCAUUCCACAUUUUGCGCUCCAGAUCUGCUAGAUCUAAUAAAUAUUUUACUGAAAUAUUUGUUUUAAAAAAGCACAAUAAUAUUCCAAUAUGACUUUAAAAGAAAUUGUUCUGAGACUCUUUUGAUAGAAUCGUCAUAUGCAUGGAUUGAAUUUUAUGUUUGGAUUUUAUUUGCAUUUGAGUAAUUUGCAUUCAAGCAGUAGCUAUCCUUUGUACUUUAAUCAGAUAGUUGCUUUUGAUUAGUCUAAAAAUGUUCACAUGUAACAUUCUCUAUUUUUUCUGCCUCUUCUCACAGCGGGAAGAUAAAAAAACUAUACAUUUGCACAUGAACAUCAAUGCCAUUCAUCCUGUUAGGAAAUGAAAUGCAUUUGUAAUGAAAUUUGUGAUUCUGGAGAAUAUUAUUGUUAAUUAUUUUUUAAUUUGUGUGAAAUAAUUUGGUGCAAAUUGUUUGAAUAUGGUGAUCUAUAAAUAACUUUGCAAUAGUUAAAUGUAAGUACUUGCAUUCUGCUAAAAGCUGUUUAUAAUAAAACUGAGAAGAAUUAGAUCAUAAUU